UGAAUGUUUGUCCAAGCACUGUAAAUCUAUCUGCUGUUUUAUUUUCUUGGACAAAUCUCUUUUGUUACGAUAGACAAUGGUCACUAAACUGUUCAGUUUUGCCGCCGGGCUGCUUGCGUUGAGCGGGCUUGCCAACGCCCAUGGCUCGCAUUCAAAUGAUGAAGCUCCCUCAGAUGAUUGGGCCACGAGACACAUGAUCGAGGAACACCACAUUGAAUCCUUUGACCCGGCCUCAUUCUUCAUCCUUCACGACUACGAUUCCUCGGGAACAUGGACACGAGACGAAGUCCGCAAGACAUACGGCCUCAACGACGAAUCCAAUGCCGGUGUCAGUGAAGACAAGAAACGGGAAGCCAUGCGCACAGUGUUUGCGCUUUUCGACCUUGGAAACACUGGGUUUAUUGACCGGGAGGAGUGGCUGACAGGCAUUGCUGCGGGUAAACGGCUCCCUGAUCUUGGUUUCGGCCCCGGACACCAUGGUGACCUUGAGUAUGAGUACGAGAUCCAUCACUUUGAGAAGUACCAUGGCGACGAUGCCACGGAGGCGGACUUGACCCACCCCGAGGAUAUUGAGCAUUUCCGCAAGCAUGACGAGGAGGAGGAUGCUGCUAUUGCCCUCGAAAAGCUGGAGCAGAUUCAAGUUGUCUCUGGCAAUAUUCCUCAGAAGUUCCGUCGAAAUUUUUAGACUGUUAAGGCCACGGUUCUAUGCUUCUUUUCUAUGUACAUACGCGCUUAUACAUAUCGGCUAUCAUCAAAUGAGCCUCCCAGUUCAUCCAACACAUCCUCUCUAACUUGUGAUAUUUGAACAUU